AUGUACCGCCUUUUCCACGACGUUGCGCAGCCCGGCCACGCAAUAACUCCCCUAAUGACUCGCCCAGGACGCCAGGAGCGGCGGCGCCGCCUGUCCAGCACUUCGAAUUCAGACUCCUCCGCAUCCACUUCUCCCGAGCGAGGUAUUGGCGACGACGAUGACGACAAUGAUUCCUUCAUGUCCCAUGCGAACGACUCAGUAUCCUCCCUUGCACCUUCGUUCGAGGAAGAACUGGACGAAUCAGUACGCCGAGAAAUACAGGAGCGAUGCCGCAUAUCGCCCGUAAGCCGGCUGCCUGCCGAGUUGAUGAUCGCCAUAUUUUCCAGACUCUCUUCAUCCAGCGACCUCCGAAGCUGCAUGCUAGUAUCGAAGGAAUGGGCGCGGAACAGCGUGGGUCUGCUAUGGCACCGGCCGCAGACAAGUAGGUGGCCGGGCUUACAGAACGUGGUACGGACGAUAGGCAAGGUCAAUGGUUUUUUCGACUACUACAACCUAGUCAAGCGGUUGAACCUGUCUUCAUUGGGCGCCGAAGUCAGCGAUGGAACACUGCAACCGUUUUCAAGGUGCAAGCGCAUCGAGAGGCUCACCCUGACGCAUUGCUCCAAGCUCACGGACCUUAGCGUGGCACAAAUGGUUGAGGGAAAUCGAAGCCUCCUUGCGCUGGACGUAACAGGCUUGGACGGGAUUACAGACCAGACGAUGAUAGCGGUAGCGAAGAACUGCUUGCGGCUUCAGGGGCUCAACGUCACAAACUGCAGAAAGAUUACGGACGAGUCGCUGGAGGCUCUGGCGCGGAGCUGCAGACACCUCAAGCGCCUCAAGUUCAACGGUUGCUCGCAGCUUACCGACAAGUCCAUCAUCGCCUUCGCCCACAACUCCCGCUACAUCCUCGAAAUCGACCUGCACGACUGCAAGCUACUGGAGGACGACUCGGUCACCGAGCUCAUCCGCGAAUGCCAAUACCUGCGCGAGCUCCGUCUAGCACAUUGCACGUUAAUCAGCGACAACGCGUUCCUCAAUCUCCCUCACGGCGCCACAUUCGAUGGCCUACGCAUCCUCGACCUUACCGAUUGUGGCGAGCUCGGCGAUGCAGGUGUGCAGCAGAUCAUAGCCUCUGCGCCCCGUCUGAGAAACCUCGUUUUAGCCAAAUGCCGCAGAAUCACCGACCGCGCUGUGAUGGCCAUCACCAGGCUGGGAAAGAACCUGCACUACAUCCACCUAGGCCACUGCAGCCAGAUAACGGACGCAGGUGUGUCACAGCUCGUCAGAUUGUGCAACCGCAUCCGCUACAUUGACCUGGCGUGCUGCGCGAACUUGACGGACCACUCGGUGCAUCAGCUCGCCAACCUGCCGAAGCUGAAGAGGAUAGGGCUGGUCAAGUGCGCAAACAUCACGGACAGGAGUAUCCUCGCGCUGGCGAAGCCGAAGCUGGCUGGACAUCAUGGGUCCAUGAGCCCUAGUUCUCUUGAGCGCGUGCAUCUUUCUUACUGCACGCUUCUCACCCUUGCGGGCAUCCACGCCCUCCUAAACAACUGCCCCCGCCUAACCCACCUCUCCCUAACGGGCGUCCAAGCCUUCCUCCGCGAAGACCUCCUGAUACACUGCCGCGAAGCACCCUCGGAGUUCAACGAGCACCAGCGCGACGUCUUCUGCGUCUUCUCUGGCGCAGGCGUCAAUCGUCUCCGGGACUACCUCAAUGGGCCCGACACGCAUAUCCCGCCUCUGUUUGACGAGACGGACGGGACUAUGUACGACGACGGGGAUAUUGACGGGGACGAGGCGGGCGGGCCGGCGGAUGAUGGGGAGGACCUGACAGAGUUGGAGGGCGAUGACGUCCAGGUUGUUGAUGUUGGACCGAAUCUUGGCGCGGGUGCUGGGCCAGUGGUGGCCUGGAAUGGUGGACCGAACACGGGGCCGAAUAUAGCUGCUGCAGCACAGGGAUCGGCUGGAAAUGUGGUGAUGCUCCCGGAUGGCGGAGUGGCUCUGCCACAUGCGCAGCAGCAGCAACAGGCCACCGCGAUGAUGGGCGCAGUGGGCUUGGAAGAGAUGGAUGAUGAGGACUUUGGGGAGGGAAGCGAGGUCAUGGAGAGUGGGCCGGUGUAG